AUGGAUAAGUUCCGCAUGCUCUUCCAGCACUUCCAGUCCAGCUCCGAGUCGGUGAUGAACGGCAUCUGUCUGCUGCUGGCCGCAGUCACUGUCAAGCUGUACUCCUCCUUCGACUUCAACUGCCCCUGCCUGGCGCGCUACAACGCCCUCUACGGCCUGGGCCUGCUGCUCACGCCCCCGCUCGCCCUCUUCCUCUGCGGCCUCCUUGCAAACCGGCAGACGGUGGUGAUGGUGGAGGAGUGGCGCCGGCCCGCAGGGCACCGGAGGAAGGACCCAGGUAUCAUCAGGUAUAUGUGCUCCUCCGUGCUGCAGAGAGCGCUGGCUGCCCCCCUUGUCUGGAUCCUGCUGGCCCUCCUCGACGGGAAGUGCUUCGUGUGCGCCUUCAGCAGCUCCGUGGACCCUGAGAAGUUUCUGGACUUUGCCAACAUGACCCCCAGCCAGAUUCAGCUCUUUCUGGCCAAGGUGCCCUGUAAGGAAGAUGAGUUGGUCAGGGACAGCCCUGCUCGAAAGGCAGUGUCUCGCUACCUGCGGUGCCUGUCACAGGCCAUCGGCUGGAGUAUCACCCUGCUGCUGAUCGUGGUGGCCUUCCUGGCCCGCUGCCUGAGGCCCUGCUUUGACCAAACGAUCUUCCUGCAGCGCAGAUACUGGAGCAACUACGUGGACCUGGAGCAGAAGCUCUUCGACGAGACGUGCUGUGAGCAUGCGCGGGACUUCGCGCACCGCUGCGUGCUGCACUUUUUCGCCAGCAUGCAGAGCGAGAUGCAGGCGCGGGGGCUGCGGCGGGAUGAGGCGGGCAGGGGCACCGAGACCCCCGAGACCUCAGAGCCCCCUGAGGGCGUGGAUGGCGGGAGUGGAAAGGCCCACCUGCGCACAGUCUCCAGCCGGGAGCAGGUGGACCAUCUCCUGAGCACGUGGUACUCCAGCAAACCGCCACUCGACCUCGCGUCGUCCCCCGGGCUUUCGGGGGGUGGGCUCAGCCACCGCGCCCCCACCGGUGCCCCGGGUACCAAGAUGUCCCAGCAAGCCGACGUGUAG